GUUGCAGAGGCCAGGCCACGGCACCGUAGUCUCGCGAACCGUCGCUUUGCCCCGACAGGGCCCGUCCCACCGUGUUUUGCGUUCCUUUCUUUUUGUUUCUUUCUUGCCUCAAAGUGAGCGAAAACGUUGUUCUCCGGGCACGCAUUGUGUGUCGUUCGUUCGUCCGUCCGUCCGUCGCCACCGCUCACAGCAUCCGGUGUUUUGUUUUGCUCGGUGUUAACCGCGUGCUGCUGGAUUUGAAGCGCUCGUCCCCGGUCGUUUGCAUCGGAGAGUGUUUCGUUCUUGGAUCCUCCCAUGUUUGAAGAAGUCUUGUGCCGUGCUCACACCGGUCAUGUGCGGGGGGCUAUCACCUUCUUCGAGCUUCAUCGUGGUUUUGUGGUGAGACUGCUGUAAGUAGUCGGUGCGGCGUUUUGCGGAGUCAUGGAUCGCGACAGGUUUCACCGCGCCGCUCGCGACGGAUAUCUGGAUCUUCUGCGGGAGGCGACUCGCAAGGACUGCAACGCUCCGGACGAGGACGGCAUGACGCCCACUAUUUGGUCGGCUUACUACGGACACCUCGACGCCCUGCGACUUCUCGUUGGACGAGGGGGUGAUCCCGACCGGUGCGACCACUAUGGCAGCACGGCGCUGCACUGUGCGGCGGCCAACGGCCACAUCAACUGCGUCUCCUUCCUGGUCUCGUUCGGCGUCAACCUGUGGGCGCUCGACAACGACUUCCACACGGCCACCGACGUCGCCUCCAUCAACCAGAGGGAAGAGGUGUUGCGGUUCCUGGACCAGGCGGUGUCCAAGCAGAGCGCCCUGAACAAGAAGCUGGUACAGCGGCUGAAGGAGAAGGCGCUACGGGACGCGGACAAGCGGCGCAAGGGCUACCAGAAGCUCACCCGCAAGGCGGCCAAGAAAGCCGAGAGGGACGACAAGAUGCUGGAGAAGCAGCGGAAACGCAUGGCACAGGUGGAGCUGCUCGUCGAGGCCAACAACGGCGUGCACAGCGCGCUCAUCCCGUUGCACGUGGGCGACGGUCGGGGCACCCUACAGCCGACGCGGGCGCCCAAGUUUUCGGACAUGGUCAGCACGGGUACCUCGACCACCGUCUCGAGUCGCAAGGGCCUCGGCGCCGUCUCCAAGAAGGUGCACCUGCGGAAGCAGAACACCGACCCCGGAGAAUUCAACAAGGCACGUGUUCGGACCCUGGACAAUGACGGCAAGAAGUCUAUCCGGUCGCUGACGGGCCUCCAGCGGGACGCCGAGGUCGUCUUCGUGCCCAAGGGCACGGCCGAGGAGCCCCUGCUCUCCCCGGCCUCGCGACCCGGUCUUCCGGACUUCCUCAAGGACGGUUCGGCACCGGGCGACCUCUCGCGUGCCAUCAGCGAACCGGACCUGGGCGUCGUACACCCGGACUCCGGGCUUGGAGAGGACGAGCCGACCACGGGUUCGAGCAUGUUCGAACGUCCGGGCUUCGGCAGCGUCGCGUUCCGAAAUUCCAUCUCGGGCACGCUUCUGUCCCUGCCGUCGUGCCGCAUCGACGAUGAAGAGGCAGGCAGCAUCGCCUUGCCCUGCGGCAGCGUCGUCGACUCCAUCGGCUCGGCAGGCAGCCUGGCCCAGAGGCAGAGCGUCCUGCCCUGGGAAGACGUCGAAGACGUGUACUACGAGGAAGACGAAGAGGACGAAGAGGAAGAGGGCAACGGGACGCCCCCGGCGAUCGUGGUGUUCCUGGCGGCCCACGGACUGGCCGAGUACGUGGAUCUCUUCUCGAGAGAGAAGGUAGACCUGGACGCCCUGACGCUCCUGGGCGAGGAAGACCUCAAGACCAUGGGCGUGCCCCUGGGACCUCGGAAGAAGCUGCUCAGGGCUGUCGAGCAGAGACGGGUCGCUUUCGAGGACCCCGGAGAAGUGGCCGACUCAAGGCUGUAGAGGUCGAGGUCGUCGUGCUUCGGAGGGGCCAGGCAGAAGACCCGAGAGACACGUCUUGAAGAAGAGUUGCUUCUCGUCGUCUCGCGUGUGGCGCGUGAUCGUUGUGCGUGUGUGUGAUGUGUGCUGCAGCUUCUGAGAGCGAUUCCGAAUCGCUGGAUUAUGAGAGGCAAACGAACAACCGUUUGUUUUUUUUCUCUUCACUCUCCCGUAUUUGAAGCAACUUGGAAACGAACUCGGUUUUCCUUGUUUCCAGGAAACCGCCAUGGACUGCAGAAGAUGUGUUCUGUUGGCACGAACUGCCGCGUGUUUGUGGAAUGCGAUAGGGGGCCAUCGAUGCAUCUUCGUGAUGAACUGUAGAAGCUACGAGAUGCGGGCUAGCUGGUAUACAUUCAUUUUAGCAGCAUAAAAAAAAUGACAGAACAAAGGAAGAGAAGCUAGGACAAGCGUUGACCCAGCGUUUGUCCUGUAGCUUUCCUUUCUUUAUACUGUCCUUUUUUGCACUGGUAAAAUGAACAUCUUGAUGAUGCCAGACGUUUUCACGAAUCCAUGUUGCAGACUGAAAGAGUGAGUGUGUGAGGUACCCUAAUAGAUGGUUGAAGAUGUGAGCCACAUAUGUGACCCAAGAGUCUUGAAACGCCAGACUUUAUUUUUUUUUUUUUUUGCAGUGAGAUAAGUUACGUCUCAAAUCUGGUUUCUCUCGUAUGAAUCACCAUGUGCGAUUACUUCAAAAACUCACCGUUUGAGGCAGCUUAGUCGCGUUACUUUGUGCCACGACUGUUCUAAGGAAACGCGUGUGAACGUGUUUUUCGUUGCAUGGAUUCAGUAACGUUUGUGACUCCAGAACACACAGUGCACGUGUGCUCCUCAAAGGACGGUUUUGUAGUUCAGGGAAAUUCUUUUUCUUCUACCCAAAGGAAAGAUAUCUUAGUCAAGACGAUUUCAGAGUACCGCUUGGAGCCAGAAACCACUGCGUGCGUGUGGGUGUUGUAGACCCGCUAAAAAGAAAGACAGACAGACGGCUAGACAAUUUUACCGUAGGCAGGACAUAUCGCUUCACCCCAAGUUUGAAGGGGCAGGAUGGCGCACUUAACCAAGAGUACAGACCAGAACAUUGAACGCUUGCAGGGGGCAGCCGUAUUUGAAUGGGGAUGCGUGUCAGGAGGAGCUGACGACCAGAACAACGUCCGUCCUGUCUACAUCGGCGUGCCCAGGGUCCUUCAUUAGUGGGUUGGGGCCAAUUAGUUGAAUCGAAAAGAACACAAGCAUUGCCAUGGAGACAAAAAUGAAAAUGGCGCAACGAUGUGUUUCUCACAGCGGCCUGCCUUUCCGGCAGUAGGGGUGGUGAGUGAACAGUUCCUGGAAUGCAACAUUCGGAGGUGUCCACAGCUGCCAUUAUUGUCAAAAACUUGCGUGACCCUAACCUUGACCUUAAGCAAUGAGGGGACAAGCCUUAAUAGGUAAAUGCAUGGGGAAGACAUGACUGUCCCUUAAAGAACUAGAGGGGGAGGGGCUGCCCCCCCCCCCCCCCAACUUCCUGUGCGCACGCCCAUGCCUGUCCACUUCGAAAGCUUCCAGCCAUUGCACGCACUAAGCUGGGACGUUAACCAAACUCGCACCCCCUACGCGGGCUGCACCAACAAGUGGUAACUGGGGUCAGGGAUUACGCGUGCUUUCUGUAAACGUGGGCGCGAGCGUGCAAAAAUCUGACCUAUAGGUAGCUGAGUAGGACGAAUUUGAAAUGCCUUUCGGCACACCUAAUAUUCAGAUAGGUGCGUUUCUAGAAAUGGUACGCGUCUAGCUUUAACCAUGCACCGGACGUUGUUGCACUAACUAUACACAGCAAAGAGAUGUGACCCUUUUUAAGGAAUAUAACAGCCAAGUCCGCCACUUGAUUACCAGGAGAGGCAGGCAUGGUAGUGUUCACGGGAGAGCUAGGAGGCACUGACAUAUUUGCCAGGAGUGUGUCCUCGAAAUAGCGGCCCAUAACGUAAUGAGUAAGGAGUCAGGAGGGUCUUCACAUUAUGCGGGUGCCUUGGAGAGUACCGCACAGUCAUUCGUGACGUCACAGACCGCGGAAGUCAUUUGGCUGAGGCUACAAAUAGUUAAAAGCUUAGCUAGGAUAACGAUGAGUGCACUACAUCCUGCUACUAGAAACUUAACAAGGUUCCUGAGAGUAUCGUGAAUGAGAGAAAAGGUUAAGAUAUUGCGGAAACCUUGACGUCAUUGUGACGUCAGGAGUAGCCUCAUAUGCCUCGUCCCCACCUCCUUUAGUGAAACUCUGUUGCUCUCAAAAUGAACUCGCCUACUGCAUUUGUCACGCUGACACCUAGAUUUAUUUUUUUUUUACAACAGACACGUCACUGAGUGGCAUGCGCUGAAGUGUUGAUAGCUGUGUGUGACCUUUUGGGACGCCAAAUAAAUG